GGAAGUCCGGUGUUGAGUUUAUUCAGUGAGCUGUACUACACUUCCUUUCUCCUCAGAGAUGGCGGAUUUGUCUUUAUAUCUAACGAAUUUCAACAUUUCUCUGGGCCAAACGAUGGAAAAUGAUAAGAUUUCGAGAUCAGAGCAGAUGGAAAUCGUGGAAAUCGGGGACUCAGCGGACAGGCGAGGGAAGUUAAAGGUUCCCCGUAGGACCAUCUAUUUUGCCAGCGGCGAGACUAUGGAAGAAUACAGCACAGAUGAAGAGGAGGAAGAGGAAGACUCGAAUAAAGAAAUAAGCACUGUGGAUCCGUCUACAUUGACCUGGGGACCGUAUUUCUGGUUCCACAUGUGGAGGAUGGCCACUUCAACCAUCUCAGUGUGUGACUACAUGGGAGAAAAACUGGCUUCCAUAUUUGGGAUCACAAGCCCAAAAUACCAGUACGCCAUUGAUGAAUAUUACCGCAUGAAGAAAGAGGAGGAGGAGGAAGAGGAGGAGAACCGGUUGGCCGAUGAGGCAGAGCGCAAUUAUGAAGAGCAGCGGCAGGUCAAGCAAGAGGAGCUGUCAUCUGCCCAUCCUGCCACCAUCGAGCAGCCAGAAGCUUCCAGAACCUCGUUUGUGAAUAUUUCCUUCGAGUUGGACCCUGAACCUCUCAACGAUACAGAAGCCAAGAGAGUUCCUUCACCUCUCCCCACCUGAGCUCUCACCGUCAGAAGGACGAGCAUAUCUAACGCUUCAUUCAUGAUGUCAGGGUACGACCUCCACAGUGGGGACAAAGCCUGCCUUAACUAAAUAUGUGACUAUGCAAGACUUUGACAGUUUUUUUAACAGAAGGAUUAAUUUAACUAUCUUAAAUGGUCUGGAUUAUUCAACUAUCUAGGUUUCUCUCUUUUUCUUCAACUGCACUAAGAUUUAACUGUUUGAUAGCGGUGGUAUGACAAUACCUCAUACAUGUGUUCGGAGUCCUGACCUGAAGAAUCUGGUGCCCAGGAUCUUGUCAUUCACUCGAUGGCUUAUACCAGACGUUCUUUCUCUUCUGUGGUGAUAAGUAUGGAAUUGUAGCCAAAGACUGUCUGCACUUGUGUCACCGAAUAAAGCCUUUGCCCAUAUGUCUGUAUUUUCUAUGAACUAAAGACAUUAUUUUUCUUUAUUUUCUUUAUCAAAUGGUUUCUUUUUAUCUCUUAAGGUUGUUUCUUCAUAGUGAAACUCAGUGACUGGCAAAAUAUAUUUCAGGAGUCAUUGGCAGCCAUCCUGCAUUUGGGUGAGGAAUUGGUCACAUGAGUAAUGUAUAUCACCAGUGAUAACACUUUUUCUCACAGCACUCCCUCCCACGGACCAAAGACAUAUGAGGGCCAGUUAACUGGUUUGCUUUGUGACAAAGUGGCAAGCAAGUUUUGUAACAGGGAUUAACUAAAC